UUUGGACACACUUCCGGUCGUCUCCUUCGCGUUGAACCGUCAACAAGCGCCAAAGUUGAACCUCGUCACAGAGGAAAAUGACCGCCGAAGAGCCCCAAUGGCGAAAAGUCCCUUCGGUUACGGGCGUAAUACCGCGUUCCAGACACGGACACCGGGCGGUGGCCAUCCGGGAGCUGAUUGUCGUGUUUGGCGGCGGAAACGAAGGGAUAGCAGAGGACCUCCAUGUUUACAACACUGUUUCGAAGCAGUGGUUUCUGCCGGCGGUGAGAGGAGACAUCCCACCCGGUUGCGCCGCCCACGGCUUAGUCUGCGAGGGCACUCGCAUCCUGGUCUUUGGCGGCAUGGUGGAGUAUGGCAAAUACUCCAACAACCUCUAUGAACUUCAGGCUAGUCGCUGGCUUUGGAAGAAACUGAAGCCCCGAGCGCCCAAGAACGGUUUGCCCCCGUGCCCUCGUAUCGGGCACAGUUUCACCCUGGUGGGUAGCAGGUGCUACGUGUUCGGAGGGCUGGCCAACGUCAGCGAGGACCCCAACGGCAACGUCCCACGGUAUAUGGACGACAUGUACGAGUUGGAGCUGCAGUCCGUAUCGGGGGCCAGAAGCUGGAGCAUCCCGGAGACAAAAGGCGGCGGUCCUUCGGCACGGGAGUCGCACAGCGCCGUCGCCUACACCGGUCCGGGCUCGCCAAAGCUCUUUUUCUUUGGAGGGAUGCAAGGCAGCCGAUUAGAUGACCUCUGGCAGCUUGACCUCAGCACAAUGGUGUGGUCAACGCCCGAGACGAGGGGUUCCGUGCCACUACCCAGGAGCCUUCACUCUGCCAAUGUGAUUGGACACAAGAUGUUCGUCUUCGGCGGCUGGAUUCCCGUUCCGGAGUCAGAGAAGCGAAACGCCGCGGGGAUUAAAUGGAUUUGCACUAACUCCUUAUGUGCGCUUGACUUGGACACUAUGAGCUGGCAGAACCUGGGCCCAGAGUACGACGACGUGGGCUCCCGGCCGCAGAGCCGCGACGACCACGACGCCGGCAGGCCCAAAGCCCGGGCCGGCCACUGCGCCGUCGCCGUCGGAUCCAGGCUCUACGUUUGGAGCGGCCGAGACGGUUACCAUAAGAACCUCUACCAAGUGUGCCGCAAGGACCUUUGGUACCUGGAGACAGAUCGACCGGGCCCCGCAGACGCGGUGACGCUCGUCAAAUACACCGUGGGCACGCUCCACGUGGCCUGGCGUCCCCUGUCGGGAGCAGACCGUUACAUCCUCCAGAUUCAGCCCGUCUGUCCUCAAGCCAAACAGGAUUCGAUGUCAACAGACACAGAGACAAAAGAUUCCCACCCCUUUGACCUCGUGAGCGAACGCAACAACGGAGAACAAGAGAACGCGUCGGCCCAGGACGGUUCAAAGCUGCGCAACGAUCAGACGAACUCAUCCGAUAGCUCGCAAGAAGGGGGACAGGGUUCGUCACGCUCGGCUCACCGUCAGCGGGCCGAGAACACCGCAGAUCAGGAUCCAGAGGGAGCCGCGUGGUUUGACGUGGGUGUGUUCAGGAGCCUCUUUUCUGAGGUCCAGCACUACUAUCUGCCUUCCGUCACCAAAGAGCGUCAGAGGAAGGCGCCGGGUCCCGACGACUAUCGGGACAGAGAGAAGAAGGAGCUGGAUCCGGGCCGGAGUUACCGCUUCAGAGUGGCGGGCGUCAAUUGCUUCGGCCAAGGAGACUUCGGCCAGGUCGGCGAGUUCAAGACGUGCCAACCCGGCUUCCCCGGAGCGCCCUCGGCCGUCAAGAUCACCAAGGCUCACGAUUUAGUCCACAUCACGUGGGAAGCUCCUACAUCUCCAUCGGGCCGGAUCUCGGAAUAUUCCAUGUACAUGGCGGUGAAGAAGAGCCGCUCGUCCGGCUCGGAAGGCCCCGGCCAACUGGCGUUCAUCCGAAUCUACCGCGGCGUCAAGAUGUUCUGCACGGUCGGCUCUAACCACCUGGUCAACGCGCACCUGGACCGCUCCGCCUCCAACCGGCCGGCGCUCGUGUUCCGCAUCGCCGCCAAGAACGAGCAGGGCUACGGCCCGGCGACGCAGAUCCGCUGGAUUCAAGGUCGGCGGCGAACGCGCCCAUCGAGCAUAUCGAGUAAAUCCGGUAUACGCGCGAGCUCGUUCCGCAUUCAGCGACACGGGUAAAAGCACUUCCUCCUGGCUCUGGCGAAUGGGGGGGGGGAGGACCGUUGAAAAGCACACGUAGGAACGUCUACAAUGUCUUUUUUAAAACACAAGACGACACCACAGAGCCACCGAAGAUGACAGUAGACGGUGUUUGCACGUACCGUAUCACAUUUGUAGGAAUAUAUAUACACGUACAUGUAUUCAACUUUUGUCCGAAGACACCGGCCGUAAAGAAAACAACAUUUUAGCAAGCGCGGCUUCAAACAAUCGCGUCUUCUCUCCCGUUUUGCGCGUCGGUCACGUCACCUCCUGUUUUCAUUCUUUAUAGACGCUUUCAAAGCGCGAGGCGAAUCCAAGGCGGACGGCGAUGAGUUGGACGACGGCGACAGGUGAAAGAAGAAACCGCACGCGCGCUUUCUUGUUGCGUUUUUGAUAAUGAAACUCUUUUACAGCUCCAGCUGAAAGUGAGAGACGAAUAAGGCUGCGCUCUGGCAAUCAAGCAAUACACACCAGUGAAUUACACGUACAAUAUGAAAUCGUUUUGAUAAUUUAUCUAUUUAAAAAUGCUGUUGAUAUUUUGAAAAAGAGACC